AUGGAUACACGAAAUAUGGGCCCUGGCUCUCAUAGGCCAAGUGCUCAUGAUCAAGAUGAGCGGUCUCCUCUUUUGGAAGCCCGAGAAGACAAUAUGGACAGUUCGUCCUCGGAAGACUCGAUACGUGGCACGGAACCACCUCCCAGAGCCCUGUUGUAUAUCGCUCUCCUCCUACUUCUGAUAGCGUUCUUGGAAGGCGGCGGUAUCCUCCAAGCUAUCCCACUUAAUCAGGUCUUUGAGGACAUUAUCUGUCGCAAAUUCCGCGAAAGGUCUGCGUUGCAGGACCCUGGCUCAUGCGGCGAUGACAAGGCGGUUCAGGCCGAACUCACACUCUUAAAGGGCUGGGGCGGCACGAUUGGGCUUCUACCGGGUCUUUUGGUGGCGGUUCCGUAUGGGUUUGCGGCGGACAAGUAUGGCCAUAAAGUCAUUCUAUUCCUCUCUGUUUUCGGGAUUAUACUUUCUACUGGUGUUAGCCUUAUAGUUUGUCAGUGGCCGGACGUUUUCCCAAUCCGUUUGAUUUGGGUGGCGCCUGUUUUCACCCUUAUAGGAGGAGGGCCCGCAGUGUUUACCGGCAUGAUAUUUUCCAUGCUCAGUAACCUAUGUACGGAGGAGUAUCGAUCAACUGUAUUCUUCUCUCUCGGGGCGGUCACCCUUGUCUCAGGGGUUCUCAUGAGCUUCUUGGCAUCCUGGCUCAUGAGCAUUGACGUGUGGCUUCCAAUUUGGAUUGGAUUCGUUGGACUGUGUUGUUGUUUAAUCAUUGCUGCCUUCGUCCCUGAGACACUCUCUUCAAAGUCUGGUGGUGAAGCAACAACGCAUUCCGGAAACACGGAGGAGUCCGCAGAGCAUAGUUCUGACGCUACGAAGACAAAUAUCUGGAGUCGCUUGAAGAAUCGUAUUUCACAAUCUAAAAGCUCCAUCGCUUUUUUCGCCCACGGAAACAAGCACGUAGUGAUGCUGCUGCUCACUUUACUGGCUACGUCACUGGGAACCCACAGCCAAGAUAUUUUACUGCAGUUCGCAAGAAAGAAGUAUGGCUGGUCUUGGUCGCAGGCUGGGUAUCUCGUCACACUGCAGGCUCUCAUUGCUCUUUCGCUUUAUGGUGCCAUACUGCCCGUGACAAGCUUUUUGGUAACCAAGAAAUUUUCCAUCCCAGUAAAGCUCAAGGACCUCUGGAUGGCGCGAACGAGCUGUUUCUUGCUCGCGCUUGGGGUUUUUAUAACAGGACUUUCAAAUAUAUCAGCCACAAUGAUUAUAGGUCUGAUUGUUUACUGUCUUGGCUCAGCCUAUAAUCUUAUUCUUCGCAGUCUGCUGGCAUCUUUAGUAGACAGCAAGCAUAGCGCCGCACUCUUUAACUGCGUAGGAAUGCUCGAAACACUCGGCUCGUUGAUCUCCGGUCCUUUGCUUGUGGUUUCUUUCCAGUCAGGCCUGCGUUUGGACGGUGUUUGGAUUGGUUUACCGUUCAUAGCGGCCGGAUUCCUGUUUGUCUCUGCGCUGGCUGUAUUGUGCUGUGUUAGAUUACCGUGA